UUAGAUGCCCUUGAUUUAGCUUCGUAGUACGAAUUGUUUCCAUUCUGAAUAUUUCAUUUUGCACACCCGGCGUGCAGAAUAAGCUAAAUCGAGUGCACAUUCACAUACUAAUCAAAAUGAUCAUAGCACUGACUGAAUACUGCGCUCAUUGACUGGAAAUCUUAAUUUUCUUUUCUUAAUUUAUUACUCAAACAUUAUAUUAACCCUAUUAUAACAUUGUACAAUGCUUGUUAAUAACGGCAUAUUUGUUACUGCUCUGUAACAAACGGUGUAAUAAACGGUCCGUUUUUCUGUCUAUGAUCUCAUCUCUGUCUGGAUGAUAGGAGGGGAGGGGAGCGACAUCAAUAGAUUACACAAAACCCUCGUUAGUAAUUUGACGGUUCUCUUGUUGCUGCCUUCGCGAGUGAUCAUCUGAAAUGGCAACCAGCGUAAAGAGGCCGUCCCUAGGUCCGGUCCCUCCCCCCAGGAAGAAGUCCGGCCCCAAGUCAGAGCUCACUGAGGAGCUGAAACAGGAGAUCAGAGAGGCCUUUGAACUGUUCGACACCGACGCCUCCGGACACAUUGAAGUCAAGGAGCUAAAGGUUGCUAUGAGGGCGCUGGGGUUUGAGCCGAAGAAAGAGGAGAUUAAGAGGAUGAUAACGGAGGCGGAUAAGGACGGAACAGGAAAGAUCUCCUUCUCUGAUUUUCUCACUGUCAUGACUCAGAAGAUGGCUGAGAAGGAUUCUAAGGAGGAGAUCCUGAAAGCAUUCCGUCUGUUUGAUGAUGAUGAGACGGGGAAGAUAUCCUUCAGGAACCUGAAGAGGGUCGCCAAGGAACUAGGAGAGAACCUGACUGACGAGGAACUGCAGGAGAUGAUCGAGGAGGCAGACAGGGAUGGAGACGGAGAGGUGAACCAGGGAGAGUUCCUCCGCAUCAUGAAGAAGACCAGCCUGUACUGAGACUAGACCAGGGUGUUGUGCGGUUAUAAGACCAGCCUGUACUGAGACCAGCCUGUACCC